CAUUGAAGUGCUUUGUGAGAGACCACCUGGUCAUGAUUGGGAGCUUGAACCUAGUGUUACCUGUGGUGACUAUCUGUUUGGAAUGCUUCAAUUUAAGAUCUCAGACUUCUCUUGGAAAGGAGACAUGAGUUCAAUGGAUGAUUUACUUAUAGUCACUGAGGCCAGGUAUCUUACUAGAACAAGCUUGUCUAAGAUGGAAACUAUCAGCUCUUAAGGAACGGGGAACACUUAAAGAAACUGUUGAGUGGGGUGGUAGAAACAUGGAUAAGAAGAAAAGCAAGCUCAUAGGCAUUGCAGAUGAUGGACAGAAAGAGAUCCGCAUUGAAAGGACAGAUGAAUUUGGCCGAAUAUUAACCCCAAAGGAAGCUUUCUGAUUGCUUUCCCAUAAAUUUCAUGGAAAAUGGCCUGGCAAAAUGAAGCAAGAGAAGAGCAUGAAGCAAUACCAGGAAGAAUUGAAGUUGAAGCAGAUGAAGAAUUCAGACACACCUUCUUUGUCUGCAGAGAGGAUGAGGGAAGCUCAAGCUCAAAUGAAGACACCUUAUCUUGUGCUUGGUGGUCAUGUUAAGCCUGGGGGUGUUUCCAGUCAAAAUAGUGAUCCAAGAAGUGGCUUUGCCACCAUUGAGAAGGAUCCCGGGAGCUUGACGCCCAUGCUUGGAGAUAGGAAGGUUGAGCAUUUCUUGGGGAUAAAGCGGAAGCCUGAGCCUACUAACUUGGGAGAACCAAAGAAGUCGAAAACUUGAAGUGUUAUUGACGGCUCUUCUAUUAUUUGUUGAGUUCGAGCAACUUACUAUUGGGGCUAGAAGUAACUUCAGGCUCUAGGCGUCAAUUGCAGCUCCCCAUUACAUUAUCCUAUAUACCUUUUAGCUUUAACAACUAUGAAGAUCAAAAUAUAGAUGCUCUUGUUGCUUUUGAUGAUGUACUUAGACCUGUAGUGCCAACAAGACAGGCGGUAAUUUUUGAGAAUUCUUUGUUGCCCGAUAAUUGAAUGGCACCUUUAUUAGUGAUCUUCUUCAUUGUUACUGUUCCUAGAGAUGGUUGUACAGAUUAUGUGAUUC